AUGACUUCACCGACGUCGUCCGACGGGUCAUCUUACUCGCCAACUACUCUGAGCGCGUUUGCUUCCUCUCCAGAUCUUCUGCGAACGCCGCUCUUAUUCUCGUCGCAGUCGCCAGCGACGACGACUAGCAACUCGUCUUCAGAAUCGUCCUCAUUUGCCGCUGCCACUGCAUCAAUGAUCGCCGCCCCAGUGCCGAUCAACCCUGUCACCCCCUCGGGAUUCCAUUUUCCACUGGUUUCCAACGAGUCCUUGCUGCAAAGUUUGCUAGCCAACUAUAAACUCCUGGAACAAUCCACUGACUACUCGAUGGAAACCUCAGACUCUGUGGACGCCCAAGUCAGUAACGCGAUAAUCGAUGUAUGUAAUGUU